AAUUCCCACCAUCAUCACGUGUUCUGCGAUCGUCAUCAGAAAAAUCGCGCAUGCGCAGUAAACCUAUCCCAUCUAACAUCACUGAUCGAUAAUCGCAGUAGUAUGUGUGUAUGUACAAACAGUGGAGCCCGUGACAAUCCUGACUGCACUCGGCUGCCCGUACGGGCGACCCUGCUGAGCAUUCUUGGAUUAGAACAAUUAAAACUCAACUUAAAGAUAUACAAAUAUCUUCAGAUAAAAUAAUUAUACCAAAUGGAGAAGGUCAAGAAGAGACUAGAGUUGCUUCAUAGCAAUCAAUCUCAGAACAUACUGCGAAACUUAAUGCUCAGAGAUUUUGGAUUUUGUACAUUACAUAAAAGUGGCACCCGUGAAUUAGAAUCAAUAGCUGAAAGGAAUCUAGUUUUAAAAGAUCACAAGGAAUUGCAAUGUGACCUACCUGGAGUUCCUAGAACAACGUUUAUGAUAGUUUUUAGUCCUGAUGGAACUAAGAUGGCAUCAACUCAUGGUAAUCAUAAUGUCUAUAUCAAUGAAAUUGCAACUGGAAAAAAUAUUAAAACUCUUAGCGGUCAUCCACGUACUCCAUGGUGCAUAGCAUUUCAUCCUUCUUCUAGUCACAUACUAGCUUCUGGUUGCCUUGGUGGACAAGUUCGUGUUUGGAAUUUAAAUGGUGGUUGUAAAGUUUGGAAUUCAGAAAAUCUAACAUGCAUAUCAUCCCUUACUUUUCAUCCAUCUGCAAAAUUACUCGUUAUAGCGACGCAUAAUGAAAUACAUUUUUGGGAUUGGAGUCAAUCCACGCCAUUUGCAGUAGUAACUACUAACAGGGAAAAAGUAAGAUAUGUAUCUUUUGACAAUUUAGGGGGAAAAUUAAUAACUGCUAUUGAAAACAUUUCACGAAUUGAUCGUUUAAGAAGACAUUAUGAUGGAAAUAUAUCAAGACCUACCUGGCAUUCGGUAAACUUAAAUAUAUUACGCUCGAUUCGUAGUUGUCGGUUACGUAGAUAUUACCGUCGUUGUCAGAUAUUAAAUAAUUAUGAGAUAAGAACUGUUCGGAAUUCGAAUAAUCAUGAAAUGGUUCAGUGCUGUAGAACCAUUCCCACAGAGCGUUUAAGAACUAAUUCGUCAACGAACAAUCCACUACUCGAUACUGUAACUGUUGAGAGCUAUAAUAAAGAUUUUAUAUCACGAAAUACAACGUUUAAUCAAAAUGAUAAUGUCACUUUUCAACUGCACACUACUGAUGAUGGUCGAACGAAUAAUUAUGAAAACAUAGAUGAAAGAAAUUCCAAUUCAAACACAGAAACUAACAGUACUGUGUUGAAAUAUGAUAUUAAUAAUGAAACUAUAAACAGUAAAUUAUUAGAUACUAAAGAAAUUGACAAUAUUUUAAAUAGCGAUAGUUUAGACCAACUAGAAAGGAAAGGAGAAGAGAAGCGUAUAAAUCCAGAAGCGUUAUCUAUUCAAAGUUCGGUUCGUGCAUUUGUUUCUACAGAGAAAAAAGACAACGACGAAGAGACCACAGAAUUAAAUGUUAAUUAUAACGAUACUCCAUUGAAAUCUAUUUCAAGUAUCUCUUUAAAUUCUACAAAUGAAACGGUUAACAAUUUUCAAGUACUUUUAGGAACUGAUCAAAAGGAAGAUAGUAAUACUGAUGAUAAAAAAUUUUACAGUCAGUGUCAACCGUCAACGUCAAAAGGAUUUACAAGUUUAACAAAUAAUUGUAAUGGAAACUUUAUGAAAUCAGUCAUUACUAAUGGUAGCGAGAGCAAAGAAAAUGUGAAACUUACUACUCAGUUGCAAAGAAAUAAGUUGUUACAACAAUUAUGUGAGAGUUUAUUGGAAAAUAUACGGCAAUCUAUUGGAAGCAGUAAUGUUGAUUCCAUGUUAUCAGUUCGGAAUAAUUCUGAUAGAAACUCAACUUUUCCUGCAACAGCAGAUGGAGUAGAUAGAGUUGAAUCAUGCUUGCCUAAUAUUUUAAAUUUCAUCGACAAAGUAUCUAAUAAUUCUGCGCCAAGAACAUCUCAGAUAUUAAAUGCAAGGAAAAAAUAUUAUUCGACCCACGAUGAAACGAAUAGUAAUGGUUUAUUUACCAAUACAACAAAUUCCUCUUGUUCUUGCUUACAUCAUUCGGAAAUCUCUGAAUCUAGAACGGGGAUUCCACACUCCCAUUACUUUGAAUGUAUCAAUAAUUCCAGGCCAAGGAUAACAGCAACUCGCAGAUAUAAUGAUAAUACUGAUUUUAAUGGACCGACUCAGAAGUUUCAGAGUUACCGUGUACAAGCAUGGGAUUUUUCUAACGGAGAAAUGCCUGACAUUACAAACUCUGAAAAAAAUAUUGUUGUUCGUGACUGCCAUAUUUUUAACGAUAGCAGUAUAGAUAUCUCUUCGGAUGGAAAACUAUUAGCAGCAUAUUGUAAUACUACGAUAGGAAUCUACAGUUUGCAAUGGGAAACAUUAGGUGAAAGAAUGUAUUCAACUGAAAGAUAUAAAUCUUCAAUUUCUGUAUCAAUUUCACCGACGCAACAACACCUUUUAGUUGGUUCAACAAAAUCUAUCGGUAUUUAUAAGCUUGUAAACGAAGAAUCUGAAAACCAGACGGAAGUACCAUUAGAUAUAAACGAUAUAAAUUAUCGUAAUUUAUGUGAUUGGAAGCCAUACAGUAUUCUUUGGCCUCUUCCUCUCAGGUAUUUAAAUAUUAGUGAUUUAAAUAUAAAAUAUUUAACUAAAAAAGGUAGUAUGGUACUUGUUAGGGAGUUACUACAAAAUGAUCAAGAAGUUGAUAGAUAUAAGGCUAUAAACUGCAUCGGAUGGGCACCGCAACCUGGACAAGGAUUAGUUUAUGCCACAAACACUGGACAAUUAAAUAUUCUUUAUUAAUGCAUUUAUAAUAUUACGAUACUAAAACAAACAUUCAGUUCCAGUACCGAUAUAAUUGUUUUAUUAAACAAAAUUACGUAUGGAAGGAAGUUUAUUAAUAAUUCUGAACUUUCAUAAAUUUGUAAAGUAUAACAUAGAGUAUGCAGAAAAUUGAUGAAUUCAUAUUUUACUAUUACAUAUAAUUUAAGCAAUUAAAUUACUUGAAAAUGAU